AUGGUCUUGAGACAGCCACGAACUUCAUGCAAUAACGGACUACCUAUUCGACGCUUGUCUCCUGCGCGAGCACUGAAAGAUAAUCGCUGCCUCGAGUGCCCGUCAGGCACUCCAUCGGACACGCACCACGCUGCUUGCCUCCAGAACGAUUUUGCACCUACACCGAAUCGGUUCGGCGUCCUAGCAGGGCUCAACCCUUCUCCAGAAACCAAGUGGGCUUUCGAUUACGUCCCCACUUCGAAAUCCAGCACAAGAAAAAGGGGCAAGCGGGGUGGUAGGCAGAAGAGACUGAAGCACACGGCGAAGACGACAUGCGAAAAGCCUGAGGCGGAUGGCGUGGAUGAGCUCUGCGACCGGUUUGCAGCACUGCAUUUGGACGAUAAUGCGCCAACAGCAGCUCCACGAAAAACAGACCACAGACCACCGUCUGGCGCGACAUCUGAUUUGAACAUUGUCACACAUCACUGGGCCCCUCAAUUUCGUCCGGACUCGCUAUCGACAUCACCACCUGCCCGGGUCGAGCCAACAAAUAUACCAGUCACGACCCUAUCGCAAAAGCCAACACUGGAUCAGGGUCCCUCGACUGACGUGCCUACAUCAACUCGAAAACUCUCACCUACUUUUCCAUUGUCAGCUUUUCUCAAGGACCUCGCAUCUCCAACGGACUGCGCUGGAUACUGGCCGAGGAGCCCAGCACCCGGAUCAGCACCUCCCCCUCGGAUAUCUAAUUCAUCGAGUCGGCGAUCUGCUCCUCCGCUACUAACUCCAGCUCUCCCCGCAGGAAACUGCAGCCUUAAUAUUCGGAGCAGCAACACCGCUCUUCAUCUGAGCAAUGCGAUAGAGUCACAGCGAGCGGUGCCAACGACAUCGUUGUUGUCGACCAACGCCGCACUCACCUACAAAAGUUUCCCGGCUUUUGGAGUUGUUCCAUUUACGCCGCUGUCAGAGUCAAUCUCUACAACAUCGCCCGCCCCUUUCCCAUUGCCGCCACCGGCCAAGCAGUCUAUAGUGUCAACACCUUCGCCACCAGAAGCGUUGUGGGCGCCCACCUCAACCAUGCUGACUACGAUCCCGCCUGCUCCGCAAAGGUCAUCUGGGAGCUGGCAGGAGACUUCAGAGGGUAUCACGGUCUUCCAUCCUUCUCCGAAAGCCUUGAUCACUGCACCUGUUGCGUCUCCGUACCCAUUUGUAUAUCCACCGCGCCCCUGGACGCCGUCGGCUGUGCCUAACGACCUAUUCAAGAACACAGCUGCAGUUCCAAUGAGGUUGAAAAGCAAGUUCACCUUCACUCCGGAUCCUCCAGGUCGUCGCAUAAUACAAAAGGAGUUCCUCAAGAUGGGUCAUGCCCCAGAGUGCUGGUGCGACAGCCACAAGCAAGCACUCCAGGCUAAGGAUCUCGCUGUCAGGACCGCUUCGGGUGAAGGUUCAAGUACUGGGACGGUCCCGCUGGACGAUGCGAAUACGCUUCGACCUCAGAUGCGGACAAUGGAUGCUCGUCGUAUGGCCCACACGAGUAGCUCUGGCACCGCAGACAUCCCAGUAGACGUGAUCGUUCACUCAAAAGACUCACCCUCUGCUGAGAGUCCCGCUGAUUUCGUGGAAGCCCGCCUUGGGGGGGCCAAAGCAAGCUUGCCAAUGGAUAACUCUCACUCCGACAUAUCCUCAUUGGAUAAAGCGAUGGAGACACUCAACCACGCCAUCGUGAAUCCACAAUCCGAGAUGGAAGCAGCAGGCCUUAUCGGCGAUUUGCGCGCAUCCCCUCGCCGCUUGGCCAAUCUAGGUGCAGCAGACGCGCAAGCGGCACACAUUGCUCCUGGAUUGUCUUGUGCUCCAUCAACCUCCGUGCGUUCAAGACAGACUAUCGGUGAGUUUAUGGCACAAAUCCAGACUCAACGGCGCGCAUCUCCUCUAAACACUACAAUGAACGGUCCACAGGCGCCUGUCGAGACGACCAUGACAGACUCUGAUCUGGACUACUUGCCUGCGUCCUCUCCCGUUGCCAUACCGAGAAGCUCCCAUGCGGGUUGCAAUCUCACAGAUCUAGGAGAAGAUCUUGAGAGUGACUCUUCCGACGGUGACGCCGUAAUGGGUACACCUUCAUCAGAGGGGGCAUACUUCGAUUUCCAAGGCCUAGCUACCUCAUCAUCAGAGGGCAUGGGUUCUGAAUUUGAGGGUCUAGAGGUCAUUGAGGGUGUGCCUGUCGACUCAGACGAGGACUGGACUACGGUCUCUCCCAACCUGCACGCCCGUCGAACAAGCUCAUCGCUGUCUUUGCGGACAGUCUCGAAUGCAUCCAUGCAGAAUCCGAGCGCCCCGCUGAUCGUGUCUUCGUCUCCUGUUACACUUCCGUCGCCUCCGCGAACCCCUUCCUUUUCGCCAUAUCCAGCACGCGUCUCAGAUGACUGGAGCGAGGGGGACUAUGGAUCGUUCCGCUCUUAG